ACCUCCGACAACAACAGCCUGCCUCGACCUGAAUCAUCCCGCCGCUGCUUCGGGAACAUGACCCGGCCCAUGACUUCACUCGGAUGCUCUAUAUAAGUCCAGGAAAACAACAGGCGCUCGCAGAGCUCACGGGCUGGAUUUAAACAAAGUCGGGAACGACCUGGGAGGGAUUUCGGCGAGGGAGCGCCGCGGUUAUGUCACAGCCAGCCCCUGUGAAAAAGAAGCGUCCUCCAGUGAAGGAAGAAGACCUCAAAGGAGCCAGAGGAAACCUUGCCAAAAACCAGGAAAUUAAAUCCAAAACCUACCAAGUGAUGAGGCAGUGUGAACAAAUGGGCUCUGCAGCACCUUCCAUAUUUAGCCGGGCUCGGACAGGGGGUGAAACAGUCUUUGAGAAACCGAAGGAUGAGCCAGCCAAGAGCGUCUUUGGCUGACAGUGGAGCUGGACAUGACUCACCAAAAGGAUUGUUGUAAUGUUUUUCAAAAUUUCUGUUCCUUGCACUAAAAUCACUGUAGACUCAAGUAGCUAAUUUCUACCCUAAAUCCUUAAGUAGGAAAUAUACUCAUGUCAAAGAGUAAAAUUUCCAUGUUCGUUUUUAUUACAUGCUUUCUUUCUAUGUAUUGGACAAUGUUUGCUAUAAUUGUUUAAUAAAAAAGGUUGUUGGACUCA